GGUGCAUGCCCACCCAAUGCGUAGGCUCGGCGUUCAUCCUUCUCUCGUUUAAAGUCGUACAUGGUUGAGCGUAAAGCGCGUUCGGCUACACUAAAAGCAACUUUAUUUUCUCGACUUUUGUGCAAUGAUUCCAUCCCAUGUUUGGUAAUACUUACCGAAUCACAGCUGCUUUGGAAACCAGAAGUUGUUACUCUCUCUUAUGAGUUGACUCAAAUUAACUUAUGUGACAUUGUAUUUGUUCGCACCUUUUCGCAGCUAAGAUUUGGGGUGACGAAUGCGAAACGCUUCAAGUUAUUGCAGAGCAUCCUGCACCAAAUCGGCGACAAUGUCAAGGUCCACGGAUUCGUGGUGUCUAGUUUGGUUCGAACGGCAAAGUACAAAUGGAGAACCAGACAAGAUAUUUUUUGGUGCGAUUCCGGCGACGAUGCUGAACUUUGGACGUCCACCUUGAACAAAUGCAUUUUUACUCCAGAUACCACACGCCCCCGUCGUUUGCUUGUCUUUGUGAAUCCGAAUGCUGGCCGGAAGCGUGCUGAACGCAAGUACAAUUCCAUUGUUCUUCCACUGUUUCACCUUUCCGGUAUAGAAACGCACACCGUCGUGACCUCCUACCGCGGACAUAUGAUGGAGUAUUUGAUUAAUUGCUCGAUGGAAGGAUUUGAUGGGGUCGUUUGCGUCGGAGGAGAUGGUUUUCUUUCGGAAGCAAUGCACGGGUUGCUUCUCCGCAGAAGAUUGGAGUGCAAUUUGCCCUUAUAUGAUGGGCAUUUACCCGGGUCUUCCGAACUCCCUGGAAAUUCGCGGAUCGGAAUAAUUCCAGCGGGCUCUACCGACACCGUGGCGUAUUCCACCCUAGGCACCAAUGACGUGAUGACGUCCGUACUGCACAUUGUGCUGGGAGACGACCUACCCUUGGACGUCGCAGCAAUUCACUCAAAUGAAGACGGCGCCUUUUUGCGCUAUGCUCUCUCCAUGGUUGGUUGUGGAUUUUACGCCGAUCUGUUGAAGAACGAUGACAGUCGCCGAUGGAUGGGUCCUCGAAGAUACGACUGUUCAGGAUUCGCAAAGUUCCUAUCACACACUGUUUAUGAGGGCCGCAUCUCAUUCCUGCCUAGCGCCAACCGUAGCAGCCACAUCAGUGAUGGUGUGACUUGUACACGUGGGUGUCCUGUUUGCACGCUGGAUAUCGAUUCUAUCCUAGGUCGGCGGCAUUCAAAUCUUGUGAAUUCUCACUAUGCUUUAACUCAUUCGGUGGAUUGUCUCUAUCCAGUGACUCGCGAGAACAAAGAACUCAGUGCAUCUCGCAUCCUCUACUCUACCGCACGUCACAGGUCGGCUGGUAGCUUCGUUUCGGGACCUGGGUCAAGCUGGUGUCCAGUGAAACCAACCACAAAGUUACCUCUCCGAUACCAGCCCAAUGCGUCCUGUUUGGAUCAGUGUACACGUUCAGCUCCAAAGUAUACUUCUGCCGAUAGACUAACGUCCUCGCGAGACUCUCGAACGAGGUUCGGGAGACAGAAAGCGUCCCUUUGUGGCUCAUCUUUUGUAUCAAAUAGCAAGCAAAUUUGCCCACCAUCACUGAAGCUUCUGCCGUUCUUUCGAGAGGUCACUUCCGACAAUGCACCUUCAUGGUGUUUACAGGGUUGCUCUGAAGGUUGGCAAACCAUUAACGACCGUUUUAUCGCGGUGAGUGCUUUCGUUCAGAGCUGUCGGUGUUCCAAAUCCCCAAUGGGACCAUCACCUUGUGCACACCUUGGCGAUGGGUGUAUGGAUCUGAUCCUCAUCAGCAAGUGUACACGCAAACAGUUCUUGCAAUAUCUGAUCCGCGUGGCAAAUGGUUCAGUUCCGGAGCAAGACCCAAAUUUCAAAGGACGACAGAAGCGCGGUGCCUUUGAUUUACCAUUCGUUACAGCACUUCGAGUUUGCGCGUUUGAAUUUCAUCCUGACCAAUCGCUUUCUCUGGAUUUUGACGGUGGUGUACCAAAUGAAUGGACCAUCCCCUUGGAUGACCGAAACGGCUUCGUCGAGAACACCAAGCUGUUGCACCCCGCCUCCCACAAAUCACGUAGCUGCAUUCAGGGCCGUUGUCGCAACUCUCAACGUACUCACCGCACUGUGUGGUGCUCAGAUGGAGAAAUAGUGCAACAUUCAGACAUAUCGGUCUUUGUCCAUCGCCAGCUCAUCCGAGUUUUCGCCAGAGGACUAGUGCCUUUGAAUAUAGUGGCGGUCCCCCCAUCGCCGGAUGUUUACGAAACUGCUCUCCUUUUUGAUUCACUGGCCGCCAUCCUCAACGAUCCGGCACCAUGUGCGGAAAGGAUGUCCCACGAAAUCGUACCUACUAUCCGUACUUGACAGUGAGCACUCCGAUCGACUUGACAAGGACAAAUUCAUCAUGGCCAUUCAUCUGAAUUUUUUCUUGUAAAUUGCAAUGUUUGUCAAAUACGAUGGACCAACAAUCCCUGUACUUCUACACCCAACCACACAGUGGAUUUCUCAAUCUCAGAGAUUUCAGUUGUAUUUCAUUUUUCGACGACUGCAAUCCAUUUAGUCUAUUUUUGCAUUGCGACUGGCCCAAUCUAAACCUAACAGGUAUUCUGUUUCCCCCAAUUUGUUUUAUUAUUUUUUGAUGAUGUGAUAAGAUGUAAUGUCAAAUGGUACAGCUAUUUUCUGCAAUUGCGUUGCAAAUAUCCUCCAUUUUGCUUCAUUUCCCUACUGUUGGUUCAUGCAUACAUUCAAACGAACACAAUGUACUGCGACGCAACACAAUCACCUCUAAUAGUAUUGCAAACUCUGAUUUUAUGCACAUGAAGCCCCACUAAAGUAUUUUCGUGCUUAAUAAGU